AUGGGAACUGCCAACUGUUCUGAUUUGCGUACUUUAGAGUUAACCCCUACAACCUUUUUAACAAAUUCUGACCGUGGUAGGGAAAAGAUAAAUGGAAAAGUGAAUAGUGUGGACCGAUGA